AUGGUAGCAGCAGGACUCACCGGUGUCUUUGGAAACCUCCUAGUGUGCUUCGUCAUUCUACGCGUGAAAUUUCUACACACCAUAACCAAUGUCUUGCUGGUGAAUUUGGCUGUGGCCGAUAUGCUUCAGGCUUACAAUCUCUGUCUAGUCACGUUUGAGAAAUAUGUUGCAAUACUCCAUCCCCUGCACUAUGCAAGGAGACUUACAGCAACACGGAUGAAAAUCCUGACUGCUUUGAUCUGGGUAACGUCUUUCAUUUCCGCCGUGCCUUUUCUCUUCGUCCAUGAGCCGAGCGAUCUUCCUAGGAAGGCGUGCACAGCGAACCAUUAUCAAAGCAAAAUACUUCCACCUGUACAAGUGUUCUCUACCCUUUUUGGCUAUGCACUGCCCAUAACAGUGAUGAGCGUGGCAUACUACAAGAUGCAAGUAACUCUCAAAAGACAAGCCAAAGCCCUGAACCUGCAGCAUGCAAGGGCAGCAGCCUACGAUCUUGUAAUUGCUAGACAGCGCCUUGUCAACAUGCUGCUAAUUGUCUUAGGAGCUCUAAUCAUCCUUUGGACACCUGCCUAUGUUGUUUACAACUUAUGCCCGGAUGGAAAAGAUCAGGCUUUACCUUCUUUGUGUAGUUCAAAGGGCUAUGAACUUGUCGAAAACAUCUGCAAAUUUCUGUAUUACAUGAACUCUGUUAUCAAUCCUGUUAUCUAUGGGUUUAAGUACAAGAAAUUCCGACAGGGAUUAAAGGUGGCUUGUUGCAGUUGUUUUAGUGAGCAUGGUAAUCAGAACAGAGUUAACAACGAGAUAUUUCCACAGUGA